AAGAGUCAGAGCGUACAGAGGACAGAAGAUACAGGGGAAACUCAGAUCCAUGAGUGCAUAAAGAAGAGCGUUAAAGACCCACCGCAGAGUAUAUAAUAGACUGAGCAAAAACACAGACAAGGGGAAAGAUUCAGUGAAUAACAUUAUAGAAAUUUUAGAUACUGUUGCACUAAACUAAUCACCAUGGCAACGCUGAGAGAGAAAAGGACAUGCGGUGAGCGAUGUCGGGAUUUCGGGCAUUUCGUGUGGAACUCCGAUGACAAGACCUUCAUGGGAAGGACACCAGAGAGAUGGGUGUACAUUAGCCUGUACUAUGUGGCAUUCUACAUAAUCAUGACUUCCCUUUUUGCACUGGCCAUCUACAUAAUGAUGUACACACUCAGCCCCUAUACACCUGACUAUCAAGAUCGUUUAACAUCACCAGGAGUGAUGGUGUGGCCGGACACAUACGGAGAAGACAAUGUGGAGAUAUCCUUCAACACAUCAGACAGAAGCAGCUGGCUUAAGAUGUCUAACUGCCUUAAAAACUUCCUGAAUCCCUACAAUGAAAACAAACAAAACCAAAGUAACCCCCAUGAAUGCCACUGGGGGAAAAACUAUAUCCAGAAUGACUUCAGCGGACCAGGACACACCAAGUUCGCCUGUCCAUUCACACAGAACAUGUUGGGUGACUGUUCAGGCAUCAGCGACCCCACCUUUGGAUACUCAAAUGGGACACCCUGCGUGAUCAUCAAGAUGAACAGGAUCAUAAACUUCUUGCCCAAUAAUGGCCCUGACAUAGCACCAUACUUGCAGUGCACAGUAUUGCACGGCAGUGACAAUGUGAAAGACAUCAAGUAUUUCCCCAGCAAUGGCACCUUGGAUCUUGCAUAUUUCCCCUAUUAUGGCAAAAAAGCACAGCCCACCUAUAUCAAUCCCUUGGUAGCUGUGAAAUUCUAUAUGACUGCGGAGCAGGAGGCUAAGGUCCAGUGCAGAGUGGUAGCCAAGAACAUCGCGUACGAAAACAUCCAUGACCCUAACGAAGGCAAAGUUAUCUUUGAUCUCAAGGUGACAUAAAGUUAAACUUGAUUUUCUUUGGAGCUGUAAAUAUAGAUACGUCUGCAUUAGUUUUCUGUUGAUGCAACUGAUAUUCGACAUUGUA